AUGGCGCCUUCUGGGUUGUACAAGCAUGGUCUGCUUGGAAUGCUUUGCCUUGCACCAACCCUUGUACAUGGCCAGAGCAGCAAAGCGGACAGUAUUCAGACCUGUCUCACAAGCGCAGGCGUACAAUCAACGAUAUCAACGGAUGAGACCUGGGCCAACGACACAGCGUCCUUCCAAUUUCGACUUCCACGACAACCUGUCUCUGUCGCCUUCCCCAAAACCAAAGAUGAUGUCGCAUCAGCUCUCGGAUGUGCACGGAAUGCGUCAGUGAAGGUAUCCGUUCUUGGUCGUGGACAUUCCUUCCAAGGCUACAGCUUUGGAACCCCAGGCAAUCUUGUCAUCGAUAUGGGCGCGUUCACCGAAUUGAGCUUUGAUAAUUCGACGAACCAACUGACCUUCGGAGGUGGAUCGAACGUGGGACCUACUGCUAAGUACGUUCACGACAACUUUGGACGUCACUUUCCGCACGUGAGAGGUUCUCAUGUCGGCCUGACUGGAAGUUCGUUCGGCGGUGGCUUCGGCACGACUAGCAGGCUUCUCGGAAUCCCUUCCGACAAUCUCGUUUCUGUUGAGUACAUGCUUUACAAUGGUACCAUUGUCAACGCUGGUCCUGGUUCGGAUCUCCUUUGGGCGGCUCAGGGUGCUGGCUCGAACUUUGGAGUUGCUCUUUCUGCAACGACCAAGACAUACGAACUUCCUUACAACGGAGCCGUGAGCUACUCGCUUGCCAUUGGGGAGGUGGGCACUGAUGCCGCUUCUGCUGCGCUUCUAGCGAUCCAAAAAUGGGUGCUUGAUGGUCAGGCGCCAGACACUCUCUCUCUGCGCUUCAGCUUGUCCAACUUCGCGUCUGCCGGGUUUUUCUAUGGGUCAGAAGCAGAUUUUGACUCCGCCAUCGCGCCACUUGUCGAAUCUCUCCAAUCUAUCAGCUCGGCUGUCAACCUCACAAAAACCAUUCUCUCGACGUUUUGGGAGUCGGAGGUAGCAGCGACUGGUAGUGGCAUGAACUUGCCGACUGGAGGCACGCUCGGUGGCCGCGCGUCGCUCGUUCAAUCGUGGACCACGACCAAUCAGCACCCGCUCACCUUGAUGCAGGCAAAAGCAUUGCUGGAUGGAUAUGAUUCACUCAACCGCACCGAUAUCACCGGUUCUGGGUUCCUCGAUUUGUGGGGCGGAGUCAGCCGUGACGUCGCCGACAGCGAUCACGCAUUUGCGCACGGCAACAACCUCUGGCUGGUCCGUGUUGAUGGGGUUGGAGCUGGUGGUGUCUGGCCGAGUGAUGGCAUUGCGUACAUGGAGAAUCUUUUCAAGCCGUUCGAGGAUACCUUGAUAAAAUUUGCCCCGCUCCGCAGCUUUGUCAACUACGUGAAUUCGGAACUCAGCGUGAAGGAGUGGAGCUCUAGGCUGUACGGUGCCAACUACGCAAGGCUUCGCAAGAUCAAGGCUGCUGUUGAUCCUGCAGAUCUGUUCUCUGGGUUCGGCCUCGCAAUCCAAACUACGAUAUCUGGGCGAUCCAGAUAG